GAGUCUCGCUGGACUACGAAGUCUUCUCAGCGGUUUGUCUUGGCGAGUUCGACAGUUGUUGGGACCAGACAAGUGGCGCGAUCCGCUGGCUCUCAUAAAGUCAUUCACCAGUUCCUAAAAUUAUAAUCACGGAUAAUAGUGCUGUGAUUUUGUUUCCAUUCGUGUGAACAUCUUGGAUAAUUCUAUGGUUCUUGUGUUGUGAAGUUUUAGAGAGUCAAACAAGUUUGGGGAUAACAACGCAGCUGGGUGUUACCUGCAGCAGAAGUGGGCGAUUAAACACAGAUUAAGCAAGGCUUUAAGAAGUCGAAAUGUCAGACAGCGAAGCACCAUCGGUCAGCCAAAAUGAGACGGAAACCAAAGAAGCAACCGGAAACGCCUGUCAAAACUCACCGGUCGAGAACUCUUCUUCCCCUGCGACAGAGACGGCAGUGACUACACCAGCAGCUGAAACCGCCGCCCCUGCUCCGGAGACACCAGCCCACGUGACCGAAGCGGAGCAGCUGUAUCAAAAAUUGACGUCUGCCACUGAAAGUCGUUGCUUGCUCCGCAAGCAUCUGACCCAGGCCAUCUUUGAUAAGGUGAAAAACCGGAAGACGAGUUUGGGCGGGACUCUAGCUCACUGCAUCCGGUCAGGAUGUGAAAAUAUUGACAGUGGCGUUGGUAUCUAUGCGUCUGACCCGGAAGCAUACGCGACUUUCUCUGAACUUUUUGACCCUAUUAUUAAAGAGUACCACAAGCUGCCCGAAAAGAAAGCUCUCCAUCAUGCCAACUGCGAUUUUGGUGAUGUCAACAAGAGUAAGCUCGAAGACCUUGACCCCGAAGGGAAGUUCAUUGUUAGCACGAGAAUACGUAUUGGGAGAUCACUGGAUGGGUUUGGGUUCCCACCCAUUCUGACCGUGCAGAACCGUAAAGACAUUGAGGCUAAAGCUUUAGAAGCACUGAACAGUUUCUCAGAGGACCUUAAGGGCACGUACUACCCACUGUCAGACAUGGACGAGGACACGCAGAGCAGGCUGACCGAGGAACACUUUCUGUUCAACGACAGUGACAGGUUUUUGAAAGCAGCCGGGGGAUACAACGACUGGCCCACGGCUCGCGGGAUCUUUUACAAUGAAAGCAAAACUUUCCUAGUCUGGGUCAAUGAGGAGGAUCAUUUGAGGGUCAUCUCCAUGCAAAAAGGAGGGGACAUAGGUGCAGUCUACAAGAGACUUGCCACAGCUUACAAGACACUAGAAGAGAAACUCAAGUUCUCGCGAGAUGAUCGUGUGGGCUUCCUAACUUUCUGUCCGACCAACCUGGGAACAACUCUCAGAGCCUCUGUUCACAUUAAGAUUCCGCUCUUGUCAGCAACAGACAAGUUCAAGUCACUGUGUGAGAAACUCAACCUGCAGGCCAGAGGUAUCCACGGUGAACACACAGACAGUCAAGGAGGUGUCUACGACAUCUCAAACAAGAGACGUCUGGGUCUGACAGAGUACCAAGCAGUCCAUGAGAUGUACAAUGGCAUCAAGGAAAUUAUCAAGCAGGAGAAGGAGUUGGCUUGGCGGCCCUCCAAUCUGGAAGAGAUGUUUGAUCAUCUAACUAAAGCCAAGUCUUGCAAAUCUUUGCUCAAAAAAUACCUGACGAAAGACACAUUUGAAAAAUUGAAAGAUAAGAAAACUUCCCAUAAUGCAACACUCGGGGAUUGCAUCCUGUCAGGGGUUCUAAAUCUGGACAGUGGUGUUGGUUUGUAUGCAGCAGACCCAGAAUCCUACACCGAGUUUGCUUUGCUGUUCGACCCAGUCAUCAAGGACUACCACAAGCUCAAACUAAACGAGCCCAUCACCCACCCGGCCUCCGACUUUGGUGACCUUGAAAAUCUCGGAUUCGCUGACCUUGACCCAGAAGGAUCAAUGAUUGUCUCCACACGUAUUCGGGUCGGGAGGUCACACAAAGAUUUCGCCUUCCCGCCAGUUCUACAAAGCGAGGAUCGAAUACAGAUGGAACAAAAUAGUGUUGAAGCCUUGAACGCAUUCAGUGGAGAGCUUAAGGGAACGUACUAUCCCCUGACCGGUAUGUCCAAAGAGACGCAAGACCAGCUGACCAAAGACCAUUUCCUGUUCAAUGACAGUGACAGAUUCUUGAAAGCUGCUGGUGGUUAUAACGACUGGCCAACUGGGCGGGGCAUCUUCUUCAACGAGAACAAAACGUUCCUGGUGUGGGUGAACGAAGAGGACCACCUGAGGCUCAUCUCUAUGCAGAAAGGAGGCGAUGUCGGCGCCAUCUACAAAAGGCUAGUAACUGCUAUCAAAGCUCUAGAAGAGAAAUUAAUGUUCGCUAGAGAUGACCGGCUGGGCUACUUGACAUUCUGCCCUUCUAAUCUGGGCACCACUUUGAGGGCAUCAGUCCACAUCAAGAUUCCACAUCUCUCAGCGAGGAAAGAUUUCAAGUCUGUCUGCGAGAAACUGAAGCUGCAAGCUAGAGGUAUCCAUGGUGAACACACAGCCAGUGAGGGUGGUGUCUACGAUAUCUCCAACAAACGGCGCCUCGGCCUUACUGAGAUAGAAGCAGUCAAAGAGAUGGUGGCUGGGGUCCAAGAAAUCAUUCGGUUGGAAAAGGAGUCUUCCACCACUAAAACUAGAUCCUGUCAUGUCUUGUAAUGGUUUCCAGUCUGAUAGAUUCCUAUGUUUUAAAAUGAACAGGCAUUUUAUAAACAUUUUUAAUCAAAAUAAUUUCUAAACGUUUUUUUUUAACUAUAUCUUAUGUGUUCAAAGUUUGUGUAUAAUGGCAGUUGAGUGUAAGUUGGCUACAUAUUUAUAUGCUAAUCUUGAUAAAUGAAAUCCAAACCAUUGUUUAUGUUUUUUUUUUAUAUUUGCGAUUAUAAAAGAUUCAACUGACAGAAACAUAUAUCAGAAGUUGGAUCAGCCUACACAGUGUACAUUUUUUUUUGCAUGAAGUCAAAUUUUUUUGUAAAAUAUUGUGCUUGUAUUUUAAAGAGCUUUAGAGAAAUCCUUAAGCAAAUUUUUUUUAUGGAUGAAUUUUGUUUACCACUGUUUUAAAUUUAUGAAUGUGAAAUAUGCAUUUAUGUUUUAAUUUUCAUGUUUGCUCAGUGGGGCAAGGAACUUUUAUUUUAUGCAGAUCUAUCUUUGUUCCAUACCUUUUCCAAUAAAAAUUUUUAAAUAAUCAAUUACUUAAAAUAUGUACUAAAAGAGGUAAUAGUUGAGGGCUUAAAAGAAUAUUUUAGUUAAUAAAAAUAUUAAACAAGAACAAAUUUUAUUUCUUCUAUGUCUCCUUCAAAUGUUGUACUAAAUAUUAUUAAUCUGAAUGGCUCAAUGUCCAUAUUGCCUUAAGCAAAAUGAAUGCAAGUGUCAGAUAAUUGCCAUAGAAAAACUUGGGACAUUGGACUAUCAGACACAGUAUUCAAUAGCUUCUUUUUUGUUCAACUUAACAGUGGGACCAGUAAGGUCAUGAAAGUGUUGCUAUACACUUUUGGUCUUUAGGCUUUUUAUGGAUUCAUUGAUUUUACAAUUAAGGUAUUCAAUUCCAAUAGGCAAUUAGUAGAAUAUAUUUCAGUCUAAGUAAUGGUCUGUAGACAUUAUAGGCCUAUCCUUUAUGACUUAGAUAAUAUGAAACACCUGUUGGUGUACAGUGGUAUGUCACCAAAGAAUGACUGGAAGUUACCAAAGAAUGUAAUUUUUUUACAAUUACUUUACAAUACCAAAGAAAUGAUAAUCUUUAAAAAGCUACUUUCAAUCACCAAAGAAUAAGUAACUUUUUAAAGAUAUACUUCAAGUUACCAAAAAUAAUUUUAAAAAGAUGAGGAUAAAUUUAGAUAAAAAUAAAAUAUUACAAUAUUUGAUAUGUUUUAUAUGGCCUGUAUAAAAACAUUUUUGUGUUUUUUUUUCUAUUAUUAUUAUUUAAAUAUUAAUUCAACUUUACACUUUUGCAAGACAAUGUUCGUUAUCUAAAUUAUUUCACUUUAUGAUAAAAAAAAAAUUUCUAAUGCUAGCAUCUGUUUCCUUCUAUUUAGCUGAAUGAUGUACCAGUAGUUUUUUUUUUCUAUAUUGAAAUAAUGUAAUUAAGCUCCGAGAUUAAACAAGCUGUUUGUCACAUUUAGGCCAUUAUUUUUAUUUACAGUUUAGAACAAAGAACGUUGAUUUUGUGACAAUGCAAUCUAUGAACUGUUGAAUGUUAGUCUAUAUAAGUUUUUUUUAUUUGCCAUAUUGUUUUUGCAGUUUCAUGUUUUACAGUGUCAUGCAGCAGCUGGAGCCAAUCAGAAUUAUGCUUUGAAUGAAGAUGUAUCAUGACCAAAUCUACUAAGUGGAGACUUACAUAGAACUUAUCCAGUUUGAAAAAAGAAGAUUUUUUUUUUAUUACUCUAACCCUAAAAUUUCUAUGCAUUGAAGUCUACAAUGAGAGCUUUAUCUAACUUAAUAUUCUUUUUUUAAAGUUGCUUUUUAUGUCCUGUGAUUAUUUAUGUUAACCUAUGCAUACUGAAAAUAAGAUGAAUCGUACGAGUAUUAAAUCUGUAAGAUGAUUGAUGUGCACAAUUUACGCUGAUGUAACAUAAUUUUAACAUUUUUGUGGCCAAUUAAAUUUAUAUGUUCUUGUAACAACCCUUCAGAGACUAUAUUAAACCUGUGGUCAAUAUUUAUUAUUUUAUCCAUGUGUUUUUCUAGUCAAAUUUUUUGUUUACUUUAUUAACUUUUUCUUUUUAAAGGUGCAUCUUCUCUCCAGCAUUAUUUCCUUUGUCUGCUAUCAGAUGACAAAUAUGUUUUCCUAUUUAUGAAGAUUGAACCUUAUUUUUCUGGACGCAUUUUGAUUCUACUUGUGUAUGAUAUAUUUUAUAUCAAGUUUAUACCAUAUUGCCAUUACUGCAGCCCUGCUUUAUCUAUAUAUAUUUAUACUUUGUAAUUUGUUUCUAAAUUGAAACAAACUGGAUGUAUUUUAUAACAGUCAAUUUAUUGUUCUCUUAUUCAAAUGGAUGUAAAUUAAAAAACAGGGUUUCUGCACCAAAGUCAAUAUGAAAUUCCAGGAGCUUUCUAGGAGAAAUUAUUUAAAUAAUUCCAGGACAUACAAUUUUCACAAAAAAAUUAUAACAAUAGCCAAAGUUAGCAUAGCAUAAUUUAGGCUGUCAUUGCCAAUAGUGUAAUGGAUAUAAGCACUACACUGCCUAUAAAAUGCUUCCAAUGGCAAGCGUCUUAAAUAACCUGGACUUCAGGUGUGGCUCAGGUAUUGAGUCUAACGGAACUGUUUUCACUAACAGGAAAUGGGGUAAAGGCCGGGAGUCAACCCUGAGGAAAAAUCAGGAGCCAGCGACCUUUUGGCAUUUAGAAUUUAUUUCUGCCAACGCUGGCCCGUCCUCAGAUUUAAUGAUGCCAACUAACUUUUUUAAAAAAAUGCAUUUUUUUUUCUUUUUCGAUCUGCAAAAUUCCAGGACAUUCAAAGAGAUAUUUUUAAAUUCCAGGACAUUUCCUAGGACUUUUUGAGUCUCAGGACAUCCUGGAGUUUCAGAAGGCCGCAGAAACCCUGUAAAAAAAACAUCAUGCUUCUAGUUUCUACAAAUUUGUAGCAACUAGAAGUAUGAAGUGUGUGAUUAUUUAUGGCAAUUUCUGUUUCACCUUUGAGCAUGUGUAGUUACUACAGGUGGGUAGCUUGUCAUUAACGGCUGUUUGUUUGACCUCUACACACACAUACUUACUAUAGAUGUGUAGUGUGUACAUUUAGGCUCAUUCUGUUACAAGUUAAGCUUCUAUAGUCGCCUUGAGUGUUUCUUUCUGGCAAGGUCCUGAAUACUAUGACUGUGUAUUUUUAUUUCUGGAUGCAAGAUUGUAUUAUUCAUCCAUUCUCUUUAGUUUUAUUGGUGAAUGUAAAUUAUAUUCUUUUAUUAUGGAAA